AACAUUCUCUCUUCAUCACAGCAUCCAGGCUUGAUUUGCAGACUUCAAGAGAUGGAAAAUUGUCCACUUCUAUUGGUAUUUCGUUAGACUUUGCACCACCUUCCCAGAUCUAUUUCCAGUGGCUAUUGCCAGCUUCAGAGCUAGAGGGGUUCCCAGUAUCCAGACCUGAUGUGAGCUCCCAGCUGGAACGAGGGGAAGAGCCGUUGGUCCCAGAUCUCCAGAGCUCGGAGGACAGAGAGGGCAUCUGCACGGCAGGUGAUGGGACGGUGAGUGAGACGAGGGAGCAGAAUUCUAAAGAGGAAGAUACUGAACAAGUGGAACUGUACAGGGCAUCAUCACAAAGAGCCAAAGGGAAUGUGCCUGGGAAUUGUGAGCAGGGAGAAGGUUAUGGGCAUCAGCAGAGGCCAGAGCAGCAGCCGGGAAACCACAUAGAGGAAAAAGUGGGUAAAUCCAUUAAUUGUUGGGAAACUCACAAAGAUGUCAAGGGAACCCCAGCCCAGCAGAGAAUCCUCAGGGGAAAGAGAAACAACCCAGGCACUGAGUGUGGGGAAAACAUCAGUAGAUGCUCAGAUCUUAUUAACCAUGAGAGAAUCCAGACGGGAGAGAAACCCUAUGAAUGCUGUGAGUGUGGGAAAAGCUUCACUCAGAGCUCAGCCUUCGUUACACAUCAGAGAAUUCACACGGGAGAAAGACCCUAUGAAUGCUGUGAGUGCGGGAAACGCUUUGCUCAGAGUUCAGCUCUUCUGAUACAUCAGAGAAUCCACACAGGGGAGCGACCCUAUGGAUGCUGUGAGUGUGGGAAAAACUUCACGAACAGCUCAGCCCUUAUUACGCAUCAGAGAAUCCACACUGGGGAGAGACCGUAUGAAUGCAGUGAGUGCGGGAAAAGCUUCACUCAGAGCUCAAACCUUACUAUCCAUGAGAGAAUCCACAGGGGAGAGAGACCAUAUGAAUGCUGUGAGUGCGGGAAAAACUUCCCUCGGAGCUCAGCCCUUAUAAGACAUCAGAGAAUCCAUGCGGGGGAGAGACCGUACGAAUGCAGUGAAUGUGGGAAAACCUUCACUGAAAGCUCAGACCUUCUUAUACAUCAGAGAGUCCACACAGGAGAAAGACCCUAUAAAUGCAGUGAGUGUGGGAAAACCUUCACUAAGAGAUCAGUCCUUGUUACGCAUCAGAGGAUCCACACAGGAGAGAGACCCUAUGAAUGCUGUGAGUGCGGAAAAACCUUCACUCAGAGCUCAGCGCUUAUUGCACAUCAGAGAAUACACAGAGGGGAGAAACCCUACGGAUGCUGUGAGUGCGGGAAAAGCUUCACUGACAAAUCAGCCCUGAUUGCCCAUCAGAGAAUCCACAGCGGAGAGAGACCCUAUGAAUGCAGUGAGUGUGGGAAAAACUUCGCACGUAACUCAGCACUGGUUACGCAUCAGAGAAUCCACACAGGGACCUGUGCCACCAGAGAGAUCGACGCCUAGGCUCCUGUACAGCGAAUGGAUAGAGAUCGGCACUGAGGCUCCUAUACAGCGAAUGGGGAGAAAUUGGCACCUUGGAAUGGGAUCCACAAACCCUGUCGUGCUAGGUGGCUUCUCACCUAAGCUAGCCAGGGGAGAGGCCCAUGACAGGGAAAUGCUACGCCCAAACCUCAGACAGAGAGCGGUGGAUCUCUGCUUCUGAUCCACA